AUGGACGCCCAGUUCGUGUUGCAGACGCUCGAGGUCGACGACGAAUUGCAGCCCAUGAAAAUUCACCGCAAGUUUAUUGUUGAAGGCACGGAACUCCACGUCCACUUUGAGGCCACGGAGAUCCGACUAUUGCGUGCGGCAGUGUCUUCCUUUUACGACAUGAGUCUGCUGACCGCCAGGACGUUGUUGGAAUUCAAAGAGUGA